GUGGCGCAAAUGUCUUUCCGGCCCGCUGGAUUCCAAAACAAAUUUAGCCUGACUGGUUGAUCGUGGACCCAGAAACAUGGGUACUCCACAGAAAAUGCAGCACUACAUGGAGCGACAUCGUCUCAGCUCACUUUUUGAGGAUUUAAUGAAUAAGGUUCUACAUGACCAGCCUGAGAAGCCAUUGAUCUACCUGAUAAAGGUGCUGUAUAAAAAGGCAGGGAUGGACACACCUACAGAUUUGAAACUGGCAGGAGUCAGAAGGAGUUCUCCAGAAAGAAUAAUGAAUCGCAACAGAAGUCCUGAGAUGACUAGGAAAGCGACAACACAAGCCUGGGCUUCCAAAUCUGUUGAUGUUACUGGUAGAGGGUACAAUAAACCUUGGCAGACACACAGUAAAAAACCCAAGGCCACGGACGCGGAGUACGACGAGCCGGUAAAACCUGCUGGUAGACAGGUACCAAAACAUCUGCUGUCGGAUUCUAACCUUCGACCUCAGUCAACACAAAGCUGUCGUCCUCACUCACAGACUCUCCGUCCUCAGUCUACAACUCUGCGUCCUCAGUCGGCAAACCUUCGUCCUCAAUCUGCUCUCAGGUCCCCCUCCUCCCCGCGUCACGAUGUGCAGUUGUCUCCCCUGGAUGAUGUUUUGUUGGUUACACCAAUAAGUCCAGGGAAAAAACAGAAAGGUCAGCCAUGGAACACUGAUAAUAAAGUUGGUUUCUCUUCCUUUGAUGAAAUAUUUGAGGAAUCGCCAGGAAAGGCGGGUAGUUCCAAACAGAAAAAGAAACCUGAAUCUUCGCCGACAGACGCCAGGAAGGCCUGGGGCUCCAGUGGAAUGGAUGAUGAUAAUGUACAGUAUAACUCCACCAACUACAGAGGACCACGGACAAACAGAUACGACAACGACGAUCCACUCGCCGGGGAAAUCAUGAAUGAAAAGGGGCCUAGCGUCACCAAAGAAACGGCUAAGGUUGUCAGUACAAGUCGUGUGCGAGGUCGUAAAGUUGAUGCCAAGUCCCAUCGGAAGGAGCUAGAACAAAUGAUCACCGAGGAAUCUCAGAACGACUCGGGCUACGGUGAAGAGAAGGGAAUGGAGGAAGAGGAUGACGCCAUAGAACUGUUAGAGGAUGGGGAAGAACUACGUAAAGAAGGGGCUCGCAACAUAUCAAAUACAGGUUACAAGCUUAGCCGGAUCAUGCGGGAACGACAGCAAGAAGCUAAUGUAAAACUUAAUAUAAAGUUUUCCAAUACUGGUGAGUGACUCAACACCAAGAUACUCUGUACAGUUUCCACGUUUAUUUUGUUUUUCUCAGUUUCUUGUUUAUCGAACAUUUUCC